AGCAAGGAGACGCCACUGGAUCUUGAGUGAAAAUCUGUCAAAUUAUCAACUUAAAACAAACUCUCCUGCGAUAAAUAACCUUACUGAGGUGGACCGUUAUCUGAAAAAGAUAACGAUAAAGUGUAACCUCUAAUGUUGAAACGAAACCAAAAACUUUGUGAUUGUUGGUGCUAGUUGAAGCAUGACAUUUAUUAAGUGUUUUUAGAGUUUGUAUCACAAUAACUGGCAUUUUGAAACAUUUUUUUUUUCACCCUACACCCCUACAUUGAAGCGGAGGGAGCAGCCGUUAACGAGCGGAUGUGCGCAGGGUUGUGUGUUUUACAGCAGGCACAAGACGGUGAACUUUCGUUUUUGGAUUGUGUCUUCAGUUUUUGGAUCAUCAAUCUUCAACUUCAUUAUUGUGGAGCCGACCCGAGAGUGGAGGUCUGCACCGGAAGUGUUUCCACAGUGGAGGUCUGCAGUUGGACCCUCUUGAAAAUUCCCGCCUUGUUUCUCCACUGAGGAUGUCUGAGAAGUUGGAGCUGAAGCAUGUGAGGAAAAUAUAAGCAUCAAUCACUUACAGUCCCCUCCAAAAGUAUUGGAACGGUAUCUGCGCCUGGAUCAGGGAGACACUGAUGAGCCAAAUGCAGCAGAACUGAGGCAUUAUGUAUGUCCACCUUGAUUAGCCUCCACAAAUGAAAUUUCAACAAAAGAAACGCAUGAUUAUAGUCGCCAUCCUCCUCAUUCUCUCCCUGUACUGGAUAUUGAGGCUUGAGAGGAUCUUGAAGAACUUGACCACGUCCUACAAAGCCCCCACUAAGAAGCCAGUGCAACCAAAAUUGCCUCCACACUGUGGUUCAGGAUAUGUAGUUCCUGAGGGAGAAAAGGUGGCAGUCAAAAGCACGAAGACAGUGCUGUUAUCAGCUUAUCGGGAGCACCGCACAGGACGAAAUGAGGUUCGUGUUAUUUCAGUGGUGCUGAGGGAAAAGACAGAAGCCUAUCGCUGUCAUCUCUGUUGCCAGGAAAAACUGCACAUCUCUAAAAGCGUCACCAGCCUCCACAGUGAUCACUUUGGGUUUAAAUACGGGACAGCAGACAUCAUGUGUCCUAUGCCCUCAGACUGUGAGACCCCAUCUCAUAUCGCUGUGACCUCUGCUGCACACGACUCUGAAGAUAAACUUGACAAAGAGUUUUUUGAGGUGAAGAACCAGAAGUCAAAUAGUGGCAGCUUUCCUUACAACUUCACCCUCUGCCUCUCCGCAAUGUUUGAUUUCACAAACGUUCUGCAGCUGGUCCAGAGUCUGGAAAUGAUGCAGUUACUGGGGGUGAACAGAGUUGCCAUCUAUAAGACCAACUGCAGCUCUGAAACACAGCGCAUACUGGACUACUACACACAUAAAGGUUUAGUAGAGGUGAUUCCUUGGUCUCUGUCCAGAUUUCUGAAUGUAUCUCGAGGUUGGCUUCCUGAACACGGCCCAGGUGACCUCCACUACUUUGGCCAGAUUGCUGCUCUCAAUGACUGCGUUUACAGAUACAUGUACCAGUCCAGAUACGUGGCCCUGCACGACAUAGACGAACUCAUUCUGCCGCAGACAGUCGACAGUUGGUUGGAACUUUUUCCUCUUCUACAAAAGAAAUAUGACCAUGAGUGUUACAUAUUUGAGAAUAACGUGUUCCCCAGCACAAAUUUCUCUCCUCCCACCUCCAAAGUUUUGUGGAACAAUGUGACAGGGGUGAACAUCCUGGCUCAGCUGUACCACAUACCCCUCAAUGAAAAGACUAAAUACGACGACUACAAGAUCAUUGUCAAUCCACGAGGUGUUUUCUCUGCGACCGUCCACGGACUGCUGAGCUCACAGAACGACUGCUCCUGGGUUGACAGAAAUAUAGCACGGAUGUACCACACAAGAGCUGGGACAAAAACUGAGCUGAAACCAGACCAGCUGAUUUAUGAUGACCGACUGCUGAGCUACAGCACCCACCUCAUACAAACUGUCAAUACUGUGCUCAAAGAGAGUGGAUUUCUAAAUGAAACCAGCGUAUAAUAGCCUGUGUGUGUGUGUGUGUGUGUGUGUGUGUGUGUGUGUGUGUCUAAUUCCAUACAAUUCAGGUUUCUCUUUAUCUGCAUCGUACUACAGAAAUCUGAUUCUGAAAUCAGAAAUGUGGGCAGUGAAAAAAUGAACAAACAUUUGUGUAUAAAAUGGUGAUGGGCAACAAUUAAAUUUUUAAUGGCAUUGUUACGCACAAAAUUGAAUAAUGAAUUCUAAAGCAUUGAAUUGCGCACUUUUAAUUUAAAUGUGCUGUUAUAUACACAAAAGUUUAAUAACGUGUGGUUUGCAAACACUUUAAACAAAUAAGGUGCUUUUUACCAGCAGUAUUCCCUUUACACAGUAGCAAUUAUCUAGAGUCCCGUUUUCCUGGGGGGUUUUCUGAACAUGCAUCAGCAGGUAUCUUUUAUCAGGGAGCAGCAUGAACACUAUCAAGAUGGACGAUAGUGUGGGGGGGGGGGGGCUAUGGUCUUGGUUUUGAUCUGGAUCAAACCUUCAGUAUGUGUUGUUCAAAUGUUUUUAGUAUAAUUGGGAUCCUUUUGAUCCAAAAAAAUCCGGAUUAUCCUCAUCCCAACAGAAGGGUGGAUUCAGGGUAGAUUUUCGGCACAAACUUUUAAAAUGUUCCAAAUAAUACAACAUUUUUACCAUGUAGUAGCCUAUAUACACAUUUAUUUAUAUUUUGCACUUGAUUUGUUUAAACUUUACAGUGAUAAAGUAGAUAAAGUAGACAUUACCUACAAACCAUUCAGUACAAUAAAGUAAAAAAAUAAAUAAUCCCCCUAACAGCUGUCAACCUCGAAAAAAAACAGUCACUUAUUACUAUACAUUAAUAAAAAAGGCACAAUCAGCAGAGGCAAACAUUCAAAAGUACUUUGUAACAAUUGCAUCUCUUAUUACAGGUCCAGUCAGCUCCUCAUUCUGAGAUCUCCUCCCAAAAGCUGCUCUCUGAACUCUGAGUGAUAUUGUAGUAUAGUAUUGGACUAUUGGACAACACAUGCUCAAAAUAUCCAGUGUAUCUGUGAAUAAUGUAUAUUUGCUUGUUAGGGCCUGAGCACAAACCGUGCGAGGUCCCUAUUGAAUUUAUUUUUUCCUGCAAAGUAAGCUCAAUUUAGGGGGCCUAAACAUACUCGAAAACUCACCAAAUUUUGCACACAUGUCAGAAAUGGUGAAAAAUUUCGUAUUUUAUUGGUUUCGCUAGCGCCCCCUACAAAAUUGGAAAAAAUUAGCCCAUCGGCCACGUUCAACCUACAUGCACACAGGGACUUAGUGCCAGCAUUCGCAAUUUCAUUUUAAGUUUCUCCGUCUGAGAUUCAGAACCAAUGACCAAUAUUUCUGUUUUGUCCUGAUUGAGUUGCAGAAAAUGUUCUGCCAUCCAUGACUGUAUGUUUAGGAAACAAUUAAAAAGAAGCAGGAGUUUUUA